AUGAAUAUUGGAUAUUUUAAAAUACUGGUCUUAUUUUCGGCAGUUUUUCUUGCUGAAACACUUGCUCUUUCUUUCAUGGCUAAACCUGCCAAUCAAGAAGGAAAAUGUGAAGUUUGCAAGUCACCAGCUGCACCGGGAGGUUGCAGAGCUCUGAAACGUCGUUACUAUUUUGAUGCUCAGGAACAAACUUGCAAAUUAUUCGCUUAUGGUGGCUGUGGGGGGAAUGAAAAUAGAUUUAUGUCAAAAAAAGAAUGUAUGAAUUAUUGCACUCCAGCAAUAUGUUUUCAACCAAAGCUUCCUGGUCCAUGCAAUUUCUAUCGACCAAAAUGGUAUUACGAUUCGAACGAAUGCAAAUGCAAGAAGUUCAUAUGGGGUGGAUGUUUACCUAAUUCUAAUAAUUUCAAUACUGAACAAGAAUGUAGAAAUAGAUGUGGUAGUCAACUUGGAGAUAACAGGUGA